CCCAAUUUAUAUUUUAGCCUCUUUUUAUUUGUCGUUUGUGGCCCACUAAAAAGCAAGCCCAUACUCGAUGCUCGCGCCGUGCUAAAGUGAGCCGAAUGAAGGCACCACGGUUCGAGACUGCACCCGAAGCAAGCAGAGUCAACAAGACGAACGACUCGGAUAUACAUACACCUAUACAUACGCAUCUCGGUAUAUUAUCAAAAUCCUCCUCUUUUCUCGAAUCAAACCGCGCCAAUCAGACCCUGUAAUUAGACCUGAAUUCCCCUAAUAUGAAGUGCCCCUAAUUUUUUUUGAAUGGAAACCCUAACCCUAGCCCUAGCCCUACCCGCAUCCCCAAUUUCUCUACUUAGAUCGUCACGCUUUUCUCUCUUAUUUUCCGGUGGCUAGUUGAUUGAAUCCUGAUUUUGUUUAUCGUGGUCGUUAGAUCAAGCAACUAGUGGGGUUUUGUGUAGUUUUCUGUGAUCUGCCUAUUUGUUUUGCCUUUUAAAUUUUUUGCGUUCUGUAGUUAUGGAAUAGAAUAAAUUUGGCUUUAAGACGUUGAUAUUAGCUCAUCUUGGAUGAAAAAAACAGUAGGGUGAGCCAAAAAAAAAAAAAGAUAAAUUAAGAAAUAGGAUUUGUGUUAUCUAUGCACUUAUACUUGUAAUCUUCUUUAUAUAUACACAUUGUAUUGGAUAUCUGCGUAGAGGGAGAGUGAAAGAUAUGGGUAGCUCAGAAACUGGAGGAGCGGUGGGUUGUGCUGUAGGGAGUAUAGUUUGGGUUCGGAGACGAAAUGGGUCUUGGUGGCCCGGAAAAAUACUCGGGCCCGAAGAGCUGUCAUCUGCUCAUAUAACUUCUCCACGCUCUGGGACUCCGGUCAAGCUUCUUGGGAGGGAAGAUGCAAGUGUGGACUGGUACAAUUUGGAGAAGUCAAAACGCGUAAAGGUGUUCCGAUGUGGGGAGUUUGACGACUGUAUAGAAAGGGCCGAAGCUGCUCAAGGUAUGCCUCCAAAGAAGAGAGAGAAAUAUGCACGCCGUGAAGAUGCGAUAUUGCAUGCGCUUGAACUGGAGAGGCAAAUAGUGGAGAAGAAAUAUGGGAAAUUGGCAAGUUCUUCUAAUGGUAGGAGCAAAGUGUCACCAGAUGCUGUCACUUCUUCAGAGUAUCUGCAAAAUGGAGGUAGUAAUGAAAAAGAUCCUAGAUCUGAUCAGCUGACAGAGAGGGUUGGACCAUCUAUUGCAGAGAAGAAUGUGACAGACAAACAAUUAAAUGAAGAAAUAGUUAGGGAGGGACACCAACUGAGCGGAGAUGAUGAUAGUGCUGGUGUGCUACCCCGUAUGAGAGGCUUGCAGGACUUUGGUAUCCGUACUGCUUCACCAGCUAGAGAGGAGCUUUCUGGAGCUGCAUUUCGCACGAAAAAGAGUAGAAACGCUUACGUGCAAUAUGAGUCUGGAGAUUAUUUAAAUGAUAAUCUAAAUCUAUCAUCCCAAAUGAAGAUACCAGUUUCAAAGUUUGAAGAAAGUGACUGUCCAGCUGAUAUGGGUGAAGACCACAUUUCUGGGUCGACAGAGGAUACUGAAACUGAUAGUUCUGAAACCGAUUCUUUAGAAUCAGAUUCAGAUGAUGAGAUGAAUGCACUUUCUGAUGGUUCCGCUUCUAUAGAACUGCAUCCUAAAUAUCCAAGUAGAAUUGAGACACAAGAAGAGCAUGGAAGCCUUAGCAGUAGCGAUGACUUUGAUGAGUUGGCGUUCGCUGAUGGCUUGUCUCAUCCUUUCCCACACGGCCUCGUAUCAGCUAAUGCAGGGGUCUCCAAAUGGCAGCUGAAAGGAAAAAGAAAUAACCGCAUUCUUGGGAAAAGGUACCUUGACAGAACCGACACGGAAGUUUCUGGAGGAUGUGUGAACAGCAAAAAUACAAAUUGGAGCAAUAGUGGUUUGAGGGCUGAUUUGAUUCAUAGUACUUUUACUAACCAUGUGUCUGGAUAUGGACCAACAGGAUUACACAGUUCCAAAGACAUCGUCGAUUCAGAGGGACUGCCCUGGAAUAAUCAGUCUGCCAUGAGAGGAUAUUGGGAAGACUCGGAGGAGUAUGUGGAUCCUUUGUUUGUUGAUAUGCAUCAAUUUGGUGGUAGGACCAUGCUUAUGGAUGUUGAUUUGCAAGUUCAGGGCAAUAAUUAUCGAAGGGAUGUCCCUAUGAUCUCACUGAUGAGUAAAUUAAACGGACACGCCAUAAUAGGUCAUCCAAUCACAAUUGAAGCUCUUGAAAAUGGUUUGUCGGAAGACCUUCUUACUGCAAAUGGUUAUCUUUAUACUCAACCGCUCGAGAAUCCUGCUACACUUCCUUCUGUAUGGAGAACCGGUCGUAGAACAGCAAACUUCCGUGUUCCACGCCCAUUUCCCUCGUCAAAAUUGAAUGGUGAAAAUAAGCAGCAAAGGGGAAAUAUGACGCAGAAGAGCUCCUAUCAGAAUCCGUUGGAUAAGAAAUUUUCAAGAAAUUCACCCAAGAAAAUUAAUCCGUCCUCUAAUCAAAAGAUAAGAAAACUUUCGUCAAUUGCAUCUGAUGAGCAGCACCAUGGUGAUCCGAGAAGUGAUAGCAGCAGCUAUCAAGUGGAUGUGCUUAUCAAAACGGAGAAUACACCGACGGCUAUUGCCUGCAUACCUGUUAACUUGGUAUUUAGCAGGUUGCACGAGGAAUUAGUUGGCCGGCAUCAGUAAUAGCACAUCCAUGGGGUAUCUAUGGAUUAUAUGCAUGUAAAUUGUUAGGUUAUUAACCCUCACCACCUUGCCUCUCCUUUUUUUUUUUUUUAAUUAUAUGAAGCUUUAUUUGAUUCUUGAGUUUUGUCCCGAAAAAUCAAGAUCUUGGGCUUCUUUUUGUACUUUAGAGAGAUGACGAUUAUUGACUGCUGCAGAAUGGGUUGAAAAUGAAGCAGCCUAUGAUUAUUUUAGCCUUUGUAUACCCUAAAGAACAAGGUGCUGUGGUCUGCAGGAGAUAGGAACAAAUACUGUAGAUUCUUAUACUGGUGAAUGUACAUCUAACUUGUAUUAUUUUCAAUGUUGAUAGAUUUUUUUUUUUUCUUUUUUUUUUUUAAUAUUUUUUUUAUGAUUGGUGUAUGUCUAACUUGGGAUUUGAAAACCUGUGUUGUGAAGAAUGUUUAAAUUAUUUAA